CACCACCCGAGCCCUCUCUUCCCCUUCGCUCUCUCGCGCUCGGGGCUCGCGUCCGAAACCCUAGCCUACCACCAUGGCGGCCGAAGGAGGUGGCGCCAAGGCGCUGACCCAGCGGGAGCAGGACAUCCAGAUGAUGCUCGCCGCCGACGUCCACCUCGGCACCAAGAACUGCGACUUCCAGAUGGAGCGCUACGUCUACAAGCGCCGCACCGACGGUAUUUACAUCAUUAACCUUGGAAAGACCUGGGAGAAGCUUCAGAUGGCUGCCAGGGUCAUUGUUGCCAUUGAGAACCCUCAGGACAUCAUUGUGCAGUCUGCUAGGCCCUAUGGCCAGAGGGCUGUCCUCAAGUUUGCUCAGUACACUGGCGCUAACGCCAUUGCUGGGAGGCACACUCCUGGUACCUUCACCAACCAGAUGCAAACUUCAUUCAGUGAGCCACGCCUUCUUAUCCUGACCGACCCCAGGACUGACCAUCAGCCCAUCAAGGAGUCUGCACUUGGAAACAUUCCAACCAUCGCCUUCUGUGACACUGACUCUCCUAUGCGUUACGUUGAUAUCGGCAUCCCUGCCAACAACAAGGGGAAGCAGAGCAUUGGUUGCCUAUAUUGGCUGCUCGCUAGGAUGGUUCUGCAGAUGCGUGGUACCAUUCUCCCAGGACGCAAGUGGGAAAUCAUGGUUGACCUGUUCUUCUACAGGGACCCUGAGGAAGCAAAGGAUCUAGAGGAAGAAGAUGCUCUGGUUGCCCCUGAGUAUGGUGCAGUUGCUGAAUAUGCUGCACCAACUGGAGAUACCUGGGGUGCUGAAUGGCCAGGAGCUGCUGCUCCCGCUCCUGCUGUUGAAGGACAGACUGGGGCUGAGUGGACUGCUGCAGCUCCUGUGGCUGAAAGUGGAUGGGAUGCUGUUACUGCCCCUGCUCCAACUGGCUGGGAGCAAGGCAGUGCACCCGCACCCGCGGCAGCAGCACCUACUCCGAACUGGGAGUGAAAGAGGAACCCAUGAUUUUUGUGGGGUCAGAAGGCUGAGUUAUUGUGGAAUCUGUUGGUAGACAAUGUCCAAGUAGACUUAAUUAUUACAGUAUGAGUUUUAUGUUAGGUGCAAAACGAUUUUGUCUUGUUGACUCUGCUGGGCUGUGAGAGUUAGCCCCAGUCUUAUGUUCUGCUCUUGUCUUGGAUAGCUUUAUUUGAAGUUCAUUUGCUAGCAAGUGUAUGUGCAGCAACAAAUUCGUGAGAUUCACUUGGCCCUAGUGAGUAAUGUUGAACCUCUGCUUAUCUGA